AGUCCUUUCAACCGAUAAGACGGUUGAUCUCCAUUUCAGCGGAGAAUCGCGAGAGUUGUAAUUAUGGCUCGCAGUCCUUCUAUCGGCUUCUACGUGGCGCCCGACAAGCGAUAAACGCGAACUUCAGUUUCGCGACUCAAAUAAACGCUUCGGAAAGAAACCUUGGAAAGAAGAGAGAUGCCCACUCGUCGAUUGAUAAUCGGUCGAUCGUUGGUCGGAUAUCUCCUCGCGGGGUGCAUCGUGUCGCUGUCGACGAGUGUCGCGCAAAUCGAAGGCAGAAAGUGCGUGUGUACGAGCAAAGCCUGUAAAGAAGCAGGCAUAGGUACUUGUAGAACGAGAUUCUUCUGCUACACGGAACUUAUCGUGACAACGGGACAAGAAAUCGGUGAAAGUACAAUCACGAGAGGAUGCACGGAGGGUGCCACGCCAUUGUUGUGCGAAACAAAGUCCUGGGUCACGAGGUCACGAUCGGUCAACGCCAUGGAACUGUCGACAAGUCCUCGGGUUCUCGUGCCCUGGCCCAGAUUGAAAUGUUGCAACAGUCAUGACUACUGUAACGCUAACGACGACGACGACGACGACGACGACGACGGCGACGACGACGAGAACGCAAGCACAUGGACGCACGAAAGAAAGACUCAGAUAGAUCAGACGUAUUCUACGGUAAAUCACGAGACGCUGAUAGAUCAUCUAACGUCAACGAAUCGUCAUACAAUGUUAACGUUACAACCUGAUCGAAAGUAUGAGGAUUCGAUCGAAUCAACCAAUCGACUUCUCCAGAAUCGCAUCAAAGCGCUCCACAUCGCCGCUCUUGUCCUUGCUGUCGCAGUCCUUAUAUCCGUUCUCGCAUCUUGCUAUGUGAUUACAAGAUUCGUUCGAAGUAAUCGUUAUAUAAUGGACACGGUAUAAAACUGUUGGUAAAUAUGAUGCCGAAACUUACAAUUAGAUACAUUGUGAUCCGAUGGAAUUGUGAUUUUUUUUUCUGAAGCGGAAUAAGUUAAGAUACAGGGAGUUUACAACUAGAUACCGCGGGAGGAGAGAGAAGUCUGAAAAAGCGACGUCACCCAAGUGACGAACGACUUGGAGAUGCAAGAUCUGACGUGUGUGUAUUUGACGAAGCUGUCUGAAGAGUAAAUCAACUACCUCUGCACGAUGGCAUCCUCUUUGUUUUAUAUCGUACGGUGACUAACGGUGGGCCAUGUAGCUCAAAUUCCCCGGUGGGAGCCCCUCGAGGGGCGAUCAACAUGCCAGGUGCCCCGGCCCUCCUCCACUCCGGCCGGCCGAGUCCGGUUGUUUCAACGUAAUUAGUCAUCCUCCAGGUUGCCGAACAGGCGAACACACACGUACGCAUCUUGCCGAUCAAAGAGGAAUAACGUAUGUGCGCGUCGAAAGUCCUACGCCCAAAAUGCUUGGUCACCGUGAGAAAGAAGUUUCAUCCGGCCAACACAAAUAAACGAAUUGACGAAGACAGAGACACCGUGGCGUCUCGCGACGAGCACGCAGUGAAUCCUCUAUAUCUAUAACUUGUGAUUGCGGCAAAUUUUUCAAUGUGUACGUUACAUACGUAAAGAAUUAUUAUCAAGAAGAGUACAAGAAUAUCGCGUACUUGCGUAUUUCAAGUCACAUCAGCGAUUACUGUAUACAUGUAUAGUUGAAAAUAUAGAGAUGCGUAUACGUACUAGUAUAAUGGGGUGUCCCAUUUUAAAUAAUGCAUUAAAAUUUCUCGAAAACUAUGGUUCGGAGGGGGACAUAAGAAGGUAUCAUUGAUGGCGUCGUUGGAUGGCGUCGUUAAGGUCAGGUCAAGAUCACAUUGACUUUUUUAAAUGGAACACCAUA